CAAUGAAUGGGUGGAGAUGAGCAGCCCUGUCAGAGAAGGGGUGAUGCAUUCUGGCUAGUGCAAUCCAGGCUGCAAUGACAGGCUGAAGGUUGCAGCAUCUUCUGAAAUCUGCAUUCAAGCCGAGCAUCAGCCUCCUGCUGCAGGGGAAGUCCCUUCUGCACGAAAGGCUUGGCUCAGCAGUGCUUGGGACAUGGCCAGCAACCAGGCCAGCUUGCAGGAUGACCAGAGCAGUCAUUGCAAGUUCCUAUCCUAUAUGUUCUACCAGGCAGUCCGAGAUCACAAGCCCGUGUGGAUGCUGGAGGAUAUGAGGACUAUGGAGUAUUUUUACUGGGAGGAGAAUGCCAGCCUAAGGACUUAUUCGCCGUCUGAAGCCCUGCUCUAUGCAGUGGUACACAACCACCUGCCUUAUGCCCAGUACCUGCUGUCUCAUUUCCCAGAGGAGGCUCUCAAAGUCCCUGGAGAGCAUUUCUGCUACUGCCCCUCCUCUGCCCCUCACUUGGCCAUGGCUGUGACAUACGACCGGAGAGACAUUUUGGGGCUGAUCAUCAGCAUUGCACACAAGCUGCCCAGCCUGAAUUCCUACAUCAACAGGACGGGCUGCUUUCACCUGGAAGAUGGUAAGACCCCGCUGCAUCUCGCCUGUGAGCUCCUGAGGUCAGAGACCGUCCUGAUCCUCCUGGGGAAUGGGGCCUCUCCCAGGAUUGAGGACAGCAAAGGGCUCACCCCGCUGGAUGUCAUCCUGGAACAGAUGUGGGACUCCAAAGUCAACGUGGCAACCAAAAAGCUCUGCCUUGAUUACCUCUUGCUAUUCAUGCCUAGUCCCCGCUUCAAGAUGCAGAAGGUUCUGCGGGAGCAUCCGGAGCACUGGACGGUUCUGCUAGGGGAGGACAAAUUCAACAGCCUGGUGGGGAACCAGCCUGCAUCUUUAUACCUGCAAGCUAUGCAAACUAUCCUCCAGACUCUCCCACCCUCCCAUUUCCCUAAAAGCAUCCAGGAACUACCUAUACCUCAGGCUCUAAAGCCCCUGCCUUGCUUGGGCAAACAGCAUCUGACAAAAAAUAUGGUAAAUGUUUUUCCAUGAUUUUUUUUUUUAAAUGUCAAAUUUAAAUGUAAUCUAUUCAGGUGGGAUUUUCAAAGGAUUUCAGGCUGCAGAGCAAAACACAGUGUACUCCCAAUUCUGCUGAAUGGGACUACUCUUGAGUAAAACAUAGCAGGAUUGCUGCCUUAAGGGAUGUUGCUGCCCAGCUAUCACUUGAGGUUUUUAUUGCAGUCUGGGUACCUAUUUGUCUCUGCUGCCACUGAAUAUCCCAGCCGUAAUAUUUUAUUACAAUCAUUGUAUUUUUUUUUUUUAAUAUUACAGAUUGCAGGCACGGCACUUCAAAAGAAAAAAAAAAUCUUCCAUUUUGUGGUGCAUGUGAAAUACUAAAUACUAAAUACUAAAGGAAUGAAACCCUUUCCUGUUUAAAUUUUGACCAUUGAAUCAAUGUAGCAGAAUUCCUGGUCUGUUCUUUGUACUUUAUGUAAACUAUCCAGGAGAAGAAAUAAUUAUUAUGUAUCCACAGGGCAUUUUAUGAUCUAGGGUGCCUCUCCUGGCACAUAGUUUUGCUGCUUAACUCCCAUUAACAUCAUCUAUGUAGCCCAUCUGUUCAGGAUUGCACCCUCUGUGUUACACCAGAUCACUGUGUUGUAAUGGGUGUGCUGGGCUGCGUGCAGAAGGAACAAGUUAAUGAACCAGCAAUUCUGAUUUUUAAAAGCAAGCCACCGCCCUCAGUAGCAUCCUUGCAGUGGCAAGGAGUUCUUCUGGCUGUAGGAGUCUGUUGUGUCAUCUUAAUCAAAACAUCAGGCCUCGGAAGUCAAAACUGGCUAGCAGAAUUCUCGUGGCGAUGCCAAUGGGGCUCAAUGAUAUCCGCUGGCCCAGUUCCUUCUUGAAGCGUUGUGCUGAGGAUGGCCUCUUUAGGGAUGGGCCAAUAUAGCUCAGUGGUAACACAGCACUUGCCUUGCAUUCGGAAGGUCCCAGGUUCGGUCCUGGGCAUCUCUAGGCAGGGUGGGAAAAGGCUCCUCCCUGAAACCCUGGGGACCUACUGGCAGCCAGUGAAGACAAUACUGAGCUAGAUGGACCAAAGGACUGACUCAGUAUACAGCAGCUUAAUCUGCUCAGAAACGCCUGCUCCCUUUGGUCAAGGGGGAAAGUGCAAGUUAUAGUGUACCUGAGAUAUCCCCAUUACUCCUGUGCAAGGUGGGGACCCUCUAGUUCCAGGAGUGUCUAGUAAUAAAGAUGUGGCUUGAUUUCUGUACUCGCCUUAGAUAUACAUUCCAGUUCUUUGCAAGAAGGACUGUUGCAAGAGAUACGACAGGGCCUCACUAAGCCCCUUCUGCAGAUGUCUGUCUACAACUCCCAGCAUCCAUAACGAUUAGACAUUGUGACUGGGGAUUGUGGGAGUUGUAGUUCAAAAGCAGCUGGAGGGCCGAAGUUGUGCUGCUCUCUGAGACAGGGCAUGAUCCUUCCUGGGAAAUAUUGGCUCAUAAUGUUGAAAAUUUUUUAAAUUUAUUUAUUUACUUGAUCGUAUUUUUAUACCACCUGAUAUGCACAUCUCUAGACAGUGUACAAAAUUUAAAACACAAUAUAAAACAGAAUAAAAACAGUUACAAUUCCACAAAAUACAGUAAAUAAUAGCCUAUUAUUUAUUUAUUUAUUUAUUUAUUUAUUUAUUUGUUUGUUUGUUUAUUUAUUUGUUUGUUUGUUUGGCAUAUAUGGUUACGGUAACUUGUUACCACAGUUACGGUAACUUGGGAGCCUUGGAGCAGGCACUCCCAACCUUUGGUCCCAGCUGCUGUUGGACUACAAUUCCCAUCACCCUAAAGUGAGGGCCAUUGUGGCUGGGAACGAUGGGAGUUGUAGCCCAACAACAUCUGGGGACCCAGGGUUGGGAAGACCUGCUUUAGAAUAUUGGGCCUGUUUAGUGAACAGAUGAGUCUUCUUCUUCAACCAAAGAGUGUAGCCAACUUACAGGGCUGCAGAAAUCCACUAGUCAACUAGUCUGUGAUGGGUGAAAAAUGAUGCCUGACGACUGAAAAAAGUCCUAUGAGCAAUGUACCAACAUAGCUCGAUGGGUAAUAUAUUUUGGCUGGCUGAUAAACUGAGCCAACAUUUCUUCAUUCCUGGCCAUGUACAUCAUUCCAUUGCACCAGUCUCAACUUAUCUGCCCAGCCACUGAUGUAGCCUGGCUAAGCAAUGACCCAUUACCAACAACCCCACCCCACCUCACCUCAGCAUCCUUAGGUGUGCAUUUUCUCUGCAGCUCUAAACCAUAGAUCCAUGCUGCAUGGUUUUUAGCUCUGCUGGAAAAUAUCUUGUUUCUCACAUCUGUGUCUUCUUCUUCUUCUUCUUCUUCUUCUUCUUCUUCUUCUUCUUCUUCUUAUUAUUAUUAUUAUUAAUAAUAAUAAUAAUAAUAAUAAUAAUAAUAAUAAUUUAUUUUAUUCAAUUUCGAUACCGCCAUUCCAAAAAUGGUUUUCUCUUACACAGAGAAAUAAUAAAUAAAUAAGAUGGCUCCCUGUCCCCAAAGGGCUCACAUUCUAAAAAAUAACACAAGAUAGACACCAGCAACAGUCACUGGAAGUACUGUGCUGGUGGUGGAUAGGGCCAGUUACUCUCCCCCUGCUAAAUAAAGAGAAUCACCACAGUAAAAGGUGCCUCUUUGCCCAGUUAGCAGGCGUUUAAGAAGCACACACUUGCUUCUUUGAUUUGGAUAAUAUGCCGUUUUCAGCAAAACAGAUCCGGUUAGCAUACUAUUAGCCUAACCAUGCUUACUUAGGGGUUAAUGCUAUUGAAAUCAAUUGGAUUUGCUUGCUAGUGAAUGUGAUGAGGAUCAGGUUGUGGGAUUGCCGAGAAAUGAAUGUUACUAAAACAUCCUGAAUGCAACUUGUUUAAUAAUAAUUGCUCCAUUAAAAUUAGCCUCUUUUUCACAAGAGCCAGUGUAGUAUAGUGGUUAGACCUGAGUUCUAAUCCCCAUUCAGCCAUGAGACUCUCUGGGUGACUCUGAGCUAGACACUUAUCUCUCAGACUAACCUACCUCACAGGGUUGUUGUGAGGAUAAACAUAACCAUGUACACAGCUCUGGGUUCCUCGGAAGAAGAGUGGGAGAUGAAUGUAACAAUAAAUAAAUAAAUGAAAUGAUAAAAACAAUGGAUCAGAGGUGCUGAUGAGACAAAGUUGCAGCUCCACCGAGAACCUGGCCUCUUAUGCAUAAUGCAUUUCGUAAAUACUCCAGAAGGUCCAGAACUUGGAAUGUUCACAAAAGCCAGUUGUGCACAACCAUCCUUCCUUGUGCAUGUUAUGGCUUGUCUGAGCCAAGUGAACAUAAUCUAGGUGCUCCUGUGGCUCUUUAGCAGCUGAAGGAGGUUCAGCAACUAAAUGCUGGGAAUGUGACUUGUCAUCUUUUCAGAGUCAGUGGUUCAUUUUGACAGCCAGCUUCCAGCGAAAGAAACCAUAGUUAGCAAAUGGCUAAUUCACCCAUUGCUUUCCGGCAUCGACUAUUAGUGACCCAAAGAAAACCUGUAUGCCAUGAGCCUACAGCAAACUGAGAAAUUAGACCUGCUGAACUUCUGCCAUGUAGCUACUUUAGGCACAGGAGCACCCGUAGUGAGUCGUGGUUGGUAACCCUCCUCCUUUGCAUUAUGUCUUGCUUAUUCAUCAUGCUCCAGUGAGCAUCUAGAACAGAGUUUUAUCCUGAUGAGCAACUUUCUUUAACAAAGCCCACUGAACUUUCUGAGUGUGUCUCUCUCUAUCUCUGUUUGCGUGCCCAGAUCCUACAUGGUCACCAUCUCCAAGAACCAAUUCAGUUUGCGUAUGAUGUGACUUUGCCUCUUUCCCUCUGAGCAUGUACAGAGUGUGAAGCCAGGUGUAGUUCACAGCAGUGAGGCCAGGGAAAUCACCACCAUGUGCUCAAAGGAUGGUGUCUGUGCCACUGCAGCAUAAGGAGAUGAGAAUUUGCAUCUGCAGAACAUCUCCUGGGUAGCUCUAAAGGCAGCAGAGUACAUUUCAGCACCAAAUGCUGGCAAUUCUUUUCCUUCACGUAAUGCAUGGUAAGCUAGCCGACAUUCCUAAGAAUUCAGCACUCUCUUAAGUCUUUUAUUUUCUGUUGGAAAGGAAUUAUCUCCCGCCGAGAGAGGAUUGUUUUUGCAGAUUGCAUAGAAACCACAGAAAACACUUGUGUAGAAUCUUCUGAACAUGCUGGUUGCUUAUUUUUCAGCCUUCACUGCAAACAGUGAAGGCUGCAAACAGUGACAGGGAUCUCUUCCAUCCCUGCAGAUGCAGAGCUAAGCUGAAUAGAGAUUGAUUAGCAUAACAGCUGCUUGCUGAACCAAUCUUGUAGAAUAUCCACCAUUGUCUCCAGCCAGAGCUCCACAAGGCAAGAGACAAAGCACCUGUUUCACAUCAACAGAAUAGGGAGGUUGCUGCGACUGGCCCCUCAGCCUGUCUUAGGAAAACAUUGGCUGUUGGAAUCUGAAGGGGAAAUCUAGGCCUGGUAUUUAUAUCAUUGUAUUCUCACUGAAGCUGCAACCUCUAAUUUGGAUGUUGGCAGAAGAAAGAUGGAAAUGAGGGUGGGGACAUAAAAAGAAUACUAACUAAGUUCCUAUAACAGGGACUAUUAUUAAGUAAUCACCAAAAGUUAUUUACUGAGCUUGCUCAUACCAUUUUAAAGGUACAGUUGUGCCUUCGAGUCAGUGUUGACUCCUGGCAACCGCAGAGCCCUGUGGUUGUCUUUGGUAGAAUACAGGAGGGGUUUACCAGUGCCUCCUCCCUCACAGUAUGAGAUGAUGCCUUUCAGCAUCGUCCUAGAUCGCUGCUACCCGAUAUAGGUG